AUACUAUGGCGGCAAGCGGGAGGAAGACAUCUCUUGACUUGAUGCGUUCAAGCAUAUAGAAAUAAGUUCUGAUUAACGUCCGUCGGAAAGAUGCUUGUUGCGUAUUUAAGUUUCUUUUUUAGUUGUACGGAUUUCCAGCGGCGUGUUUGGACUUCUUGCGGAUUAAGAAUUCACAUUGGAACACAAUUUCCGGGAAAUGCGACUUGGACUCAAAAGCAGUCCGGCAGAGCUGUGCAGUCUUCACGCCGGAAGACCACAUGGCAGCUUGCGCAGGCAGACCACAGAAAUCGACCACAAAGGCGAGAUGAGGAUGUGCUGUCAACUGAAACAUGCCUUCCCUUGGCAAUGCCUUGGCCAACUGUGUGCCUCCCCAGAGAAACCCAUCUACAUUUGGCCCCUGCACGAAGAUUCAUUUUCAAAAAAGCUGUUGUGAUAAAGAACAUGUCCUUCAAGGCAGGGCAAACCAUGACCAUCACAGGCAUGGUCAACCCUAACGCUACCAAUUUCGCAAUCAACAUAGGGCACGAGCAGGACAUCGCCCUGCAUGUGAACCCUCGCUUCGAUGCCCACGGCGACCAGCGCACUAUCGUUUGCAACUCGUACCAGGGAGGGAAGUGGUGCGAGGAAGUGAGGGACAGCAGUUUCCCCUUCCAACUGGGGAAGGAGUUCAAGGUAAUAAUCACCUUUAACGCGCAGGAGUUCCAGGUGUCUCUGCCCGAUGGCUCAGUGGUCCGCUUCCCCAACCGCUUGGGCGACGUCAAGUACAGGCACAUGAAGUUCGAAGGGGACACCAGGAUCCAAGCCAUUGAGAUCAAAUAGACCGCUCCAGGAGGGCGGAGCCGGUCCCAGUCUGGCUACCGAUUGGGCAGUUCUGCUUUCUCGUCCGGCUGCUUAUAGGCUGCCCGUCCUCCCUCUGACCGCCCACUGUCUGCCAUAUUAACCUGUGUGCUUUUAUCGGGGGAAAAAAUGCCAGCCUUCUGAGUACAAGUUUAGGUCUGUGUUUUGUCUAAUCGUUCGUCCCUAGCAGUGAAUUACACUGGUGAGAGAAUCCUUUCCUUAUUCGCUUUGAGUUAAGCUGGGUAAAGAAGGCAUAUUUUUAGGAGGGACACAAAUAAUUACAGCAAAAGUACACAGAACAGCUGUCAAUUAUAAUGGGAGCAUGAGGAAACAAAAUAGUUAUGGGGGGGGGGGGUCCGGGGGCAGACAGCAUUGUGCACGUUUAUGGUGGGUUCUCAUGAUGGCCGUCUCCUAGCGAGGUGGCUUUUCUGAGCUUGUGGGAGUCAUUCCAUGUUUAUUACUAUGCUUUCUAAAUAAAGACACAUUUGCAAACCA